CUUUUGUAUGGUUUUGGUGGUCGUUGAACGAGCUACAUCAAAAUGUUGAAAGAUAUGGUGAAGGAGCUUCUCACUGCGGCUGCCGACGAAAUUUUCGACCUCUUUGAACAAACGAUAGCGUUUUACGCGGAGAAACUUUGUCAAGCGAGAGAGGAGAGCGAGCGACACCGACGACAACUUGAAGCUGUUUGCAAGACUCAAGUUUCCGUACGCCUCGAAGAUGUCCAGCUGCUUCUUAGCAGUCAGGAAGCCCUUCGAUCUGAGCUCCCGUCCAGGCGCUGUACUUUGAAACAGGAGCAUUCACCGGCUGGCGAUGUUAAAGUGAAAGUAGAGGAUUCGGAUCUGACCCAUGUUAAAGAGGAGGAGGUUGACGUCAUUACCUUGUCACCGCCUGGCAUCCCUGUGGUAAAUGAAGGUCAUGAGGAGGAAUCAGCUGAUUGGCAACAGUCUCAUCAUCAUAGUCCAAAGGGAGACCAGCAAGGAGAAGCACCACCAGACAACCUCUUUGCAUCACUGUCAUACAGUGACGUAAUGGAAGAACCAUUAGAGAUUCACGCAGACUACCAAGGUGAUGACAAACAGUCCAAUUGCUCUCAAAAGGAGAUGACUCUUGCCAAUGAGGACAUUACACUAAACUGUCAAAAAACUCUUUCUGCCUCACAUAGUAGUGAAAGUGUUACUAACAAAUCACAAUUGGUGACACUCAAAACAUUCCCUCCAGAGCAACCACUGCCAAAAAUCGUAAGCACAUGCACAGGAGAAAAAUGCUAUUGUUGCUCGCUUUGCACACAAACGUUUAACAAGAAUCAGGAGUUGAUAAGGCACAUGAAAACUCACCGGGGUUUAGAAAUCUUUAGUUGUGAAUUAUGCAAUCGAACGUUCUCCUGUAAAGGAACUAUGUAUAAACACAUGAGAACACACCCAGAAAAGCAGGUAAAGAGUUGUUUGAAAAUUCCCUCGAUGAGCAAUAAGAGGUCAUUAAAACGUCCUUGCUGCGUGCCGGUAUGUUCUGUUUUGUCGCGUUACAGCGAAGACAUGAGUUUCCAUGCAUUCCCCGACGACCCUACAAUACUGGCUGAGUGGAAGCGGAACAUCGCGAGGGAAGACUUAAACCCAACCAAAAGACACCGAGUCUGUAGUCAACAUUUUAAGAAAACAGAUUUUUAUAUGGCACCAGACGGACAAAGAAAGCUGAAGACUGGUAGCGUACCCGUUUACUUCGCUUGGAACCAGCACAAACUGGAGCCCGAGAUGGAGAACCAAACACCAAUAGAUCAUGACUACUGUGUCCUGAAACAGGAGUGAGCACUAACGAUUUGGGUGUCGACUCUUGACACGGGUCAUGGAUAAGGAGGAUACAUUUUGAAGAUUUGAAGAAAUUUUUUUUUUUUUUUUUUAUUGUUUGUGCUGCUAUCGUUUUUGAGAUAUUUAAAAUUCUUUUAUUUGGUCAAUCUGAGGUCAACGAGCACCCCAUUCUGAUCUAAACCGGCUAAAAACGUUGUCAAUCGUUUGUGCUUAGUUUGUGCUGCAAUGGUCUUGUAGAUAUUCAACUUUAAAUUUGUAGUAAUGAUGUCACGCAGCCCCCUAUCUACGGUGGAAUGGAACUGUAAUGGUGCUGUUAGUUUGUGCUACGUUUGUGAAGUUAAAAGUUUGUUUGUGCUGCCACGGUUUACAAUUUUUUUUUUUUUUUUUUUCGGUCAUCCAGACUUCACCCAUCACUUCAAAUUAGAAAUGGAAAAACCGUUGCUGCCAAAACAAAACUUUUUACAGCACAAUCCAAACACAAACAAUUGACGCCAUUUUUAGCCGGUUUAGAUCAUAGGCGGAGUUUGACUUUUGGAGCAGGGGGGGCACAAGAUGUUGAUGACCCCGAAACGCAGCGUCAGCAAUAGAAUUAACUUACAGGAAUAUCUAUAAUAAUAAGUUGACAAUUAGCGUUUUUUGUUUCCCAUCAUUCUUAAAGGGAAUUCUAAAUCAGGCUGCCAAGGCAAUACUUUUCGCCAAGAUCAUCAUCCAUUGAAUUUGGUACGCCCGCCGGUGUCGUGCCAAUGUAGUUACCCCAGUCAAAAAUUGUAUCCCCUGGGCGGAGCCAUAUGGAGGUAGAUUUGUUUCUUUAUUAUUCAAUAAAAAAAAGUUGCUUCAAAAAAAAAGUUGCUUCAAUCAAAAUAUAUAUUUUGAACCCCCAAAAAAG